AUGAGAGAAGACCUCGACAUCCCCGAAUUCGGGUACCUCCCGUUUGAUCAUUUCAUCAUAGCAAACUGGGACACAGCAUCCCCGCUUCCCCAAAACGAGCAGAAAAGAAUUCUGGUUGAGAAAUGGAUCGCGCUAGGAAAAUACGGACGAAAUGACUAUGCCCUCACCACGUUCGCAGAUCCAGUUAUCGAUGAUAUCCCUGCGGGGGUACCGCAAGACCUCCUCUCGGAAGAUGACCGCGCCCUCAGCAGCAUGCUCUCUACCACGCUAUGGAUCCGGACCUGGUUCGGCGAUCCUGCAAAUGAGCAGAGCCAAGAGGCAGCGGACAUGGCGUACGCCCGACUCCGAAAGCAAGUUCUACAGCAGGGCCUUGAGGACUACCAGGUCUCCUGCAUUCCCGAGGAGUUCAUCUUCGAGGACCGGAGGGAAUUGAGCGCGGAUGCCCAGCGUGACGGGGGUGUCAUCGCGGGCGUUGCGGCCGGCCGUCCGGGUUCUGUACCGGGGUAUCUGGUUGCGGCGCUGAUGCACUGCCCCGAGCUAUUUGAUGGGAUGUCGGAUGACGACUGGCGGCAUUUUACGGGGGAGGAGCGGGCUGAGGAACUGACAGAGAGUGAUCGGGCACAGAAUGUGCUGGUUCUUAUUGCAGAUCGGAAGGCCUGCGAGGAAGGCUGGGUGCUGGUCUCGGCAGUGAAUCAUCGGGGGGAGAUUCUUCCGUUCAGGGUGCGUGAGCGGGCCAAGGAGGCGGCGCAGAUUGCGGUGAAUUGGCAGGAGGGGCAGCCUUUGUCGGAGAUGGCAGAUGAGGAGGAUGAAGAUGUGGAGCUCUACUUGGGGGAAGGGGAUGGGUGGGACUAG